AUGCUAAUGCCGGUUCAUUCCUACCUGACCAAACAGCUUUACAAGGCUCCCCCACCCAGUCUUCUGCAAAACCAUGUGGGAUUCAAUACAGACCCAAAUAACUACCUAAACAUUGCCUCCCAUGUCCUCAUCCUCACCCUCACAUUCUCCCUUCAGUUCCUGUUGCUGAAGAUUUUGUUCCCAGAGCUCCAGGUCUCUGCCAGCAGGCCAGACAAGCCCAUCCCGCUAACGCCUCCUGGAAGCCGGACGACCACUCCCUCUGGCUCCAGGAACAGCUUCCCCCCGCAAGGCUGGACAAGGGAAAUAGGCAGAUGUUUGGCACCCGGCAGCAGCAAUCAGGAUGUCAAUAAUCUCAGUGAAUGCCUAAGCAUUCAAAGCUGCCGGGCUUUCCUGCUCAUCAGGAAAUGGGACCAGCGGAGCCAGCAGCUGGCAGAAAUGGAGAGAGCCCUUGUCCAGCUGCACGGCCUCAAGAAGCUGGGGGUACUGAGGAGAAAGCUGUGGAUAGAAAAGGAGCAGCAAGUUGACAGCUAUUUCCAGGAGCGGGAGCGGGAGUGGGCAGAAGAGGAGGAGCGGCUUCAACGUCAGAAAAUGAGGCUCAGGGACAGGAAUCAGAGAGACCCGCAGUCCCGACCCAGACCUUCCCAAUUCCCCAAAUCAAGAUUCCCUCCCCUUUAG